AUUUUUAGUGCACGAGGUCAGGGGCAAAGUGGGUCACGACGCCGUGUUGUUGGACCCAAAGCGUAACAUGCGCAGACAGGAUGUCAAGCCUGUUCUCCGGUUUAACUUUAAAAGCUGGAAUUAGGAAAUGUCCCCCGUAUUUAAAGAUAACAGCUUGGAUAUUUAUCAAAUGAGGCGACAUAGUACGCCGAGGGCAGACUGAUCUCGGCGUUGUUGGAACAAGAUGGUGAAAAACUGGGGUGUAAUUGGUGGGAUCGCUGCUGCCGUUGCAGCUGGAGUAUACGUUUUGUGGGGCCCCAUUACAGAGAGGAAAAGGAAAAAGAGAGGCAUGGUUCCUGGUCUGUUGAAUUUAGGCAACACCUGCUUCCUGAACUCUUUGCUUCAGGGUUUGGCGGCCUGUCCGUCAUUCAUUAGGUGGCUGGAGAUCUUUUCGCGUUCUUCUGUCAUCCAGUCGUGCAAGGACAACCAGCUGUCCACGACACUGCUUCAGCUUCUCAAUGAUCUGUCCAGGGAUCAGCCGGGGGAAGAAGAUGUUCUUGAUGCUGGGUGCCUCCUGGAUGUUCUCAGACUUUACCGCUGGCACAUCAGUUCAUUUGAAGAGCAGGACGCGCAUGAACUUUUUCAUGUCCUUACCUCUUCUCUGGAAGAGGAGCGGGAGCGUCAACCCAAAGUCGCUCACUUGUUUGACAUGCAGACGCUUGAGAGCCUCCCUGAUCCUGUUGAGAAAACUAUGAUCUGUAGAAGUCGAGCCCCUCUUCACCCUAUACCAAGUCCAUGGAAGUCUCCGCAUCCUUUCCAUGGGCGUUUAACUAGCAAUAUGUCGUGCAAGCGCUGUGAACAAAAAAGUCCAGUGCGGUAUGACUCAUUUGAGAGCCUCUCCCUCUCCAUCCCUUUACCUCAGUGGGGUAGACCUAUCUCUCUAGAUCAGUGUCUUCAGCAUUUCAUCUCCUCUGAAACCAUCAAAGAAGUGGAAUGUGGAAACUGCACCAAGCUUCAACAAGGGAACACAUUUAAUGGCCAAGUUUUGCAAAACCAGAGGACAACAUUCAUUAAACAGCUAAAACUCGGAAAACUCCCCCAGUGCCUCUGUAUCCAUUUACAAAGACUGACGUGGUCAAAUGAAGGAACGCCCAUCAAACGACAGGAGCACGUGCAGUUCACGGAGCAUCUGUCGAUGGACUGCUACAAACACAAUGCUUCCACACCAAGAAAUCAGAGAAUCAAAUGUGCUCCGAACUCAAGGAAUGCCGAAAGUGCAGAUGAUGCCACGGAGAAGCCCUCCACCAACGGCACCGAAGCAAAGCAUCUGUACAACAACAACAACAAACCUUUUUCAAACGGAACGCGUUCGUCCGUAUUCCUCCAGUCUCCCGGUGUGAACCCACUGCUCGGCCUCGCAUGCGACUACAGCAGCGCCCGUCCUUCCAGUUCUACAGAGUACUUGUUCCAGCUCACGGCUGUGCUGGUUCACCACGGCGACAUGCACUCGGGACACUUUGUCACGUACCGCCGCGGCCCUCCGUCACCUCGCACCGCUCCACCCCUCGGCUCGCAGUGGCUCUGGGUUUCAGAUGACUCUGUGCGAAAAGCCAGCCAGCACGAGGUGCUCUCCUCCAACGCCUACAUGCUCUUCUACGAGAGAGUCCGAAGACGCAACCCGGCGCCGCACUCGAAGGAGUGACCUGAAGCUGGCGACCUCACAGCCCGACUGGGUUCUGCCUUUCCAGUCAAACUGUUGAGGCCGGAUGCGCCAGUGAGAACGCAGGUACCGACGGUUGGAUCAUGACUUGUAACAGUGAGACAGCGAGUGUGUGUUAAGGUCAUUAAAUGAUGUGCUAAAUCUAGAGGAGUCAAUCCCAAAGAUUUUGGACAUGCAGGAUUUUUAGUCUUUAUAAAUUGUAACAAUUUGGCUUCUAUGGGACAAAAUAACGUUACAUGAACAAUAUGGUGUCUCUCAGCCCUGCAAUGAGUUGUUUGCGUCUUAUUCAGUUUACUCAACUUUCUGGAAUUUUCAUGAUACUGUAGAUGUUGGUGUACAUUGAAAGGCAAUAUACUUUAAGGUGUUGCUGUUAUUUUGUCCCCUGCCUGUACAUUACAGACAUACAAAAGAAGCUGGUUAAGAAUUCUUAGGGAUGUCUCUUGGAAGUUGUUACUUAUUAAAUUGCUAGUUUUCCCCCUACCUACGGUUCUCUUUUCUAAUGAAAUUUACCUACUCAUUUCCAGCAGUGUAUGUAAAGUUAUUGGAACUUGUGUCUGACAAGGCCAGUAUCCCUGAGUAGAGGUUCAAGUGCCAUGUUGUAUUUAAUGAUCAAGAUUUGUAACACUUAAAGCAAUGUGUGUGUGGUAUGAUUCGUCAGAGCCAUUUGGAAUGGUGUUGAACAGAUCAGCAGAUUUUUAGUAAUGAUCAGCUCUCCGUGAAUAAAGCCACAGUGCGACUAGUUGUUGGUAUUUUUGAAUGAUUUUAAAUCCGUUUAGCUGCCAUCACUCCGACCAAACCAAAUCAGUCAAAUUUAGAAAUGGCCUGUUGCAAAACUCAUUAAUGUUUGCGAUUUGCACUUCUGUAUAUCCCGGUGAGAUUGGGUGUAUUUUUGUGUAAUCUAAAAAAGA